UUACGCACGCCUCGGCCGGCGGCGGCGGCGGCGAGGGCGGGACGGACGGUCCACGGAGGGAUUUGCCGCCUGGAGCCUCGAGGUAGGUAUUUACGCAGGAGAAAUGAAAGUGUAUGUCCAUGCAAGGCUUGUAGAUAGCGGCUUUAUUCGUAACAGUCCCCAACUGGAAGGACCCAUCACUAGCUUCGGCAGCAUGUGAGCAGCUUCUUGCCAAGAACCCGGGUCACCGCUGAGAAGGGGGCCUUAGGGAGAAAAGUAUCCAGAGGAAACCAGCGCCAGACGCGUCUGGAAUUCCACGCACCGCAGGCAGCAUGAGGUGUGCUGUGCCAGCACCUGCGGCCUCCCGGCGCGGCCUCUAGCUCUCCAGAGAGGAGGGUCCUGGGAGCAGUGCGCCCGGAGCCUCUCCAGAGCAAGCACGGGGCCGGGUGUGAACGCUCUACGAUGGACGCAAUUUUCAGCUUAUGAAGGAAUUUUAAGGAAAACAGUUAUUUAAUUUCCACAUAUUCACGUUCGCUAGCCUUCUGUGGGAAGUGCCAGCAGUCACCCUCCUCCACUGGAGUUAUCAGGAAUUUUCUGGCACCAAGUUGAACUCUUCUUGGUACUUCUGGCAAUGACACAUCCUCAGGAGAGAUUUAUCUGCUAAAUGCUCUUGGACAGGAGAAAAAGUAAAACUUCUGGAAGCAGCGCGAGAGUAGCAGAGCCCAGAUCGCGCCCUCGCCGCUCACUCGCCCAGACACUCUGCCUGGCCUCGGAUGCUGGCACUGAAGACUGACCCUGCCCCGUCCACCCCUGCAGCCCGUCUCUUCUGGGGAGGGCUGGCCGCCUCGGGGGCCCCCUUCUGCUCUCAUCCUACUCCCAGGCUCUCUGUUCCGGCCGUCGAGUGACGUGAACUUGGGAAUGGAGUUGGUGCCCCUCCCCAGGCCGGUGCUGUCGGAGAGGACCAUCUGAGGCCGAGCUUUGUUCGUGGGGGGGAGGGCGCUGGCCUGGCCUGCAUCCUCCACCAUGUUCCUGUUGCUGCCUUUCGACAGCCUGAUUGUCAGCCUCCUGGGCAUCUCCCUGACCGUCCUCUUCACCCUCCUCCUGGUUUUCAUCAUCGUCCCCGCCGUUUUCGGGGUCUCCUUUGGCAUCCGAAAGCUCUACAUGAAAACUUUGUUAAAGAUCUUUGCGUGGGCGACCUUGAGGAUGGAGCGAGGAGCCAAGGAGAAGAACCACCAGCUCUACAAGCCCUACACCAACGGAAUCAUUGCAAAAGAUCCCACGUCACUAGAAGAAGAGAUCAAAGAAAUUCGCCGGAGUGGUAGCAGUAAGGCUCUGGACAACACUCUCGAGUUUGAGCUCUCUGACAUUUUCUACUUCUGCCGGAAAGGGGUGGAGACCAUUAUGGACGAUGAGGUGACAAAGAGGUUCUCGGCAGAGGAGUUGGAGUCCUGGAACUUGCUGAGCAGGACCAAUUAUAACUUCCAGUACAUCAGCCUUCGGCUCACGGUGCUCUGGGGCUUAGGAGUGCUGAUUCGGUACUGCUUCCUCCUGCCCCUCAGGAUAGCUCUUGCUUUCACGGGGAUUAGCCUCCUGGUGGUGGGCACAACGGUGGUGGGAUACCUGCCAAACGGGAGGUUUAAGGAGUUCCUGAGUAAGCACGUUCACCUAAUGUGCUAUCGCAUCUGCGUACGAGCCCUGACGGCCAUCAUUACCUACCACGACAGGAAGAACCGGCCUAGAAAUGGCGGCAUCUGCGUGGCCAAUCAUACAUCUCCCAUUGACGUCAUCAUUUUGGCCAGUGACGGCUAUUACGCCAUGGUGGGGCAGGUGCACGGCGGCCUCAUGGGCGUCAUCCAGAGAGCCAUGGUGAAGGCCUGCCCCCAUGUCUGGUUCGAGCGCUCGGAAGUGAAGGAUCGCCACCUGGUGGCUAAAAGGCUGACUGAGCACGUGCAGGAUAAAAGCAAGCUGCCCAUCCUCAUCUUCCCGGAGGGAACCUGCAUCAACAAUACAUCUGUGAUGAUGUUCAAAAAGGGAAGUUUUGAAAUUGGAGCCACAGUUUACCCCGUCGCGAUCAAGUACGACCCCCAGUUCGGUGAUGCUUUCUGGAACAGCAGCAAGUACGGGAUGGUGACGUACCUGCUGAGGAUGAUGACCAGCUGGGCCAUCGUCUGCAGCGUGUGGUACCUGCCUCCCAUGACCAGAGAGGCCGAGGAGGAUGCCGUCCAGUUCGCAAACAGGGUGAAGUCCGCCAUUGCCAGGCAGGGAGGCCUUGUGGACCUGCUGUGGGACGGUGGUCUGAAGCGGGAGAAGGUGAAGGACACGUUCAAGGAGGAGCAGCAGAAGCUGUACAGCAAGAUGAUUGUUGGCAACCACGAGGACCGGAGCCGGUCCUGAGCCCGCGCUGCCGCCGGGCCACCUCCGCCCGGGACGCAGGCG